AGGAACAUUGUGGCCACUGUGAAUCUCUGCUGCCGACUGGACUUGCGCCGGAUCGCGCUGAUGGCCCGGAACGCCGAGUACAACCCGAGACGCUUCGCUGCCGUCAUCAUGCGCAUACGAGAGCCGAGGACGACGGCGCUGCUCUUCAACUCCGGCAAGGUGGUCUGCACGGGGGCCAAGAGCGAAUUUCACUCCCGGGUCGCCGCACGGAAGUUCGCACGCAUAACGCAGAAACUUGGUUUCGACGCCCAAUUUUCGGACUUCAAAAUCCAGAACAUCGUUGCCAGUGCCGACGUUGGGUUCUUGAUAAAGCUCGAGGCUCUGGCCCUGAAUCACCCGCAGUUUUCGUGUUACGAGCCAGAGCUGUUCCCGGGUCUCGUUUACCGGAUGGUCAGGCCGAGUGUUCUCUUGCUGGUGUUUGUAUCUGGAAAAGUGGUUUUGACAGGUGCUAAAGUGAGGCAUCAACUCUACCAGGCGUUCGACAACAUCUACCCAAUCCUGGAGAAGUACAAAAGUGUUUGAGAAACAUUGCCUAAGUUAUUUCAAAAAGGUUUGCACUAUGUCGACGAAAAAAUAUAAAACAUACGGUGCUGAAAAAAAAA